AUGGACGCCGUCGCGAAACCCUCUCACAACGCCAGGCGGCACAAGCCCUCCACCUCCCUGGGCUCCUUAUACGAAGUCCUCGCCGACCUCGACGACAACCAGCUCCAGUACCUCAUCCAGGAGAUGAACCACACUGGUCACCAAAACGUUCCCGUGUCCCAGGCUGUCUCGACGUUCGAGGCCCUGAAAUCAUCCUCUUCCCCCGUUGACCCCUUUGCCGUCUCCGAGACGGGCCUCCACGCGCCCGCGCCCGACUCGCCGGCUCGAGAACCUCUGCGUAAUCUAUCAAAGUCGCGUCGGGGAAGGCUCUCUCUGCAGACGGCCUUUCAGAGGGCCCCGUCUUUGAAGCAUAGGCAGCGCCAGCAGCAGCAGCCAAGGUACGGUGAAUUGCUCUCAAGUCCCAUCAGCAGCUGCUCCUCGCCAGCCGGCGGCCCCGUUGUUAUGAGCGGGCUGCCCGAACCGGCAACGGUUACGCGGCCCACGCGGUAUGAGGAGAUCGAGGUACCUCAACCCGCCAGUCAGCCACUUCCAUCACCACCACCAUCAGCAUCAUCAUAUCUUGAACAUCAAUCAACACCGCCACCGCCACCGCAGCCUCAAGUUCAACAGCGUCGGCCGUCUACAAACGGAGCCCGAAUGGGUCCACCCGCUUACCACCGAAUCCCUCGGCCAGAUUUCAACCUUCCUGAAGGUGUCACGGUCACUGAUCUUCUCCACCUACUCGAAAUUGAGUACAUGUCCUCGAAUCGGCAGCCAUCCUCUUCUUCACGCAGGUCUUCCUCCUCCUCCACUUCAUCGUCCAUCUCCCGGCCUUCCUUUUCUUCGCCCUCGCCGUCGUCGCCGGCAUUGGCCACUCGCCUCUUCCCCCCACCAUCGAGAUCAUUGUCACAGACGCCAAAUCUGCAUGGUCGCUCCCCUCUGCGGAGGUCCUCUUCAAGGCUAGACCUUGCCCUCGGUGCAGAGCGGUCGGCUUCUGGCGCCGCCGAGAUCGGAAUGGGUAUGCUCGAACCCAGACAGCUGAGAUCAGUCUCGCUCGGUUUCCCGGGCGGUGGUAUGGCCACCACCAUGUCCAUGGACACAUUGAGCCGGAGUCUGAAGGGCGAGACACGGCCUCCUGCGCCAGCGCCAGUCUUUGAAGGAAUCUUUGACGUUUUGGAGAACCAGUAG